AUGAAGCGAUCCGGUUCUACACGCGUCGCGCGCAAGAUUGGUAGCUACGAUGACGACGAGUCCACCGCCGAGAGCGCCAACAACUCGCAGAGCGAAGUACAAAACCCUACAGGUCAGUCACCAAUGAUCGCAAUUGCCAGCCUUUCUGACGUUGGGGAAACUCACAGCGAAUCCCUCCAGGCCGACCUGAAAGCUGGCGACUCUGGUGGCUUUGUGCUAACUGGCCUUGUAGUCGUCAAGCGGCCAACAAUUGGUAAAGCAAAGAAGCGCUCAUCCAUGCGGGUGUCUUUCGGCCCAGGCGAAGACGCAAAUGAUGGCGACGACUCGAGCGACGCAGCCGUCGUGACCCCAAAGAAAGCGAACCUCAGCCGCAUAGCCCUAGAGAAGAGUGCGCAACUGCGGGCGCGUUCACCCCUCGUACCAGAAGCCGCUCGACCAACCGAAUAUAGCAAGGAUUACAUAGCAGAGCUGCGAAAUUCGACGCCGUCAACACCUCAAGACUUGAACACGUCUGCCGACGACCAAGAAGAGACCCAAGCCCUCGAUAUCGCAUCGAAAUUUGGCCCUGUCGCUUCGCUCGAGGCGUCAUCCGCAAUCCCUACAGAAGCUGAGAUUCGGGAGAAGAAGGCGCGGAGAAGACGUUUAGCCCUUGAGGAGAACGCCAUAGACGAUGAGGACCGCGCAUGGGCAUCUGACGAUCAGGGAGAGGACGAGUUCAGGCAACACAGGAAUGAAAUCUCUCUGCGGCCGAAGGACAAGUAUGCAGAGACGCGUUUGAUACAUGACGAUGAGGAUAUAGCCGAGGGCUUUGACGAUUUCGUUGAAGAUGGCAAGAUCUCGCUCGGUCGCAAGUCAGAAAGGGAAGCGCAACGAAGACGGCGUGCGGAAAUGGCAGAACUUAUCAAUGACGCCGAAGGUGGCUCAGGAGAUGAUGGGACAGAGGACUCGGACGAAGAGAGAAACACCGCUUUCGCGGCAGCUCAAGCACGCGCAGGGCGAUACGGCCAGAAGAUCGAAGACGAAGACGACGGUACGAAGACACCUCCGCGCAUCACGCCCCUGCCAGACUUGGACGAGGUCCUCGAGGGCCUCACAAUCGAUAUGCAGGCAAAGCAGCAGAAGAAGAAUUUGAUCUUGCAGAAGCUGCAAGAUCUCAAAGACGACAAAGUCAGGAUUGAGGAGCGGAAGAAGUAUCUCCAAGAGCAACUGCAGAAAACAGGCGACGAGUAUGAGAAGUUACGCCAGGAGUCAGGUCUUCCUGCGCUACCGGCAAACAGUGCUGAGGGAGGCCGCUUGAUCACAGAGAGGGGGUUGGACAGCUUGGGUACUACUCCAUUGGCCGGAACUACACCAAUAGCUGGUAGAUCUGGCGAUGAGUCUGAUGUUGAGUAG